GAGCCGAGCCGAGCCGAGCCGAGGGCGGCUCCCUAAAGCACCGGCGGCGAUGCUGAAGGCUGCGAUGUCGCUGGCGGCGGGGAGCCACGGUGCGGUGUCGGCCAGCGAGGUGCUGCUGGUGGCUGCCGCGUUCUGCCUGGUGUUCCUGCUGCUCCAGCGGCUGCAGCAGCAGCAGCCCGUGCCCAAGGGGCUGCAGAGGCCGCCGGGCCCCCGAGGGUAUCCCAUGGUGGGGAACGUGCUGGAGCUGCGCAAGGACACGCACCUGGCGCUGACGCGGCUGAGCCGGCAGUACGGGGACGUGAUGGAGGUGCGGAUCGGCACGCGGCCCGUGCUGGUGCUCAGCGGGCUGGACACCAUCAGGCAAGCCCUGGUCAAGCAAGGAGAGGACUUCAUGGGCCGCCCGGACCUGCCCAGUUUCCACUACAUCUCCAACGGGCAAAGCCUGACGUUCAGCCCCGACUCCGGGGAGGUGUGGAAAGCGCGCAGGAAGCUGGCCCAGAGCGCCCUGAAGAGCUUCUCCAUCGCCCCCAGCCCCACCUCGUCCUCCACCUGCCUGCUGGAGGAGCACGUGUCCAAGGAGGCCGAGUACCUGGUCACCAAAUUCCUGCAGCUGAUGGAGGAGGAGAAGAGGUUCGACCUGAACCAGUACCUGGUGGUGUCGGUGGCCAAUGUCAUCUGUGCCAUGUGCUUCGGCAAGCGCUACGAGCAUGACGACCAGGAGCUGCUCAGCGUGGUGCACCUCAGCAAUGAAUUUGGGGAGGUGGCUGGGGGCGGCCACCCCGCCGACUUCAUCCCCCUGCUCCGGUACCUCCCCAGCCGCACCAUGGAGCUCUUCAAGGACAUCAAUAGGCGCUUCAACACCUUUGUGCAGAAAAUUGUGCAGGAGCAUUACACCAGCUUUGAUAAGGAGCACAUCCGGGACAUCACAGACUCGCUGAUCGGGCACUGCCAGGAGAAGAGCGUCGGGGAGGAUGCCCACGUCCAGCUCUCCAACGAGAAGAUCAUCCACAUCGUCAACGACCUCUUUGGGGCAGGCUUUGACACUGUGGCCACGGCCCUGUCCUGGAGCCUCAUGUACGUUGCCUUGUACCCCGACAUCCAGAAGAGGAUCCAGGAAGAGCUCGACCAGACCAUCGGGCGGGAGAGGCGGCCGCGGCUGUCGGACCGGGGCACGCUGCCCUACACAGAAGCCUUUAUCCUGGAGAUGUUCAGGCAUUCCUCCUUCGUGCCCUUCACCAUCCCACACAGCACGACAAAAGCCACGGUGCUGAACGGCUACUACAUCCCCAAGGACACCUGCGUGUUCAUCAACCAGUGGCAAGUGAACCACGAUGAGACCCUCUGGAAGGACCCCUCAGCCUUCAACCCCGAGCGGUUCCUGAACCCUGCGGGGACAGAGCUGAGCCGGACAGAGAGCGAGAAGGUGCUGUCCUUCGGCCUGGGCAAGAGGCGCUGCAUCGGGGAGGCCAUCGGCCGCUGGGAGAUCUUCCUCUUCCUCACCACGCUGCUGCAGCAGCUGCACUUCAGCCUGCGGCCCGGCGAGCAGGUGGACGUCACCCCCCAGUACGGACUGACCAUGAAGUACAAGAAGUGCGAGUCCUUCCAGAUCAAGCAGCGUUUUCCCAUGAAAAGCUCUCCGUAAGCUGCUGAGGAAGCGAUCCUGGCAGAGGGGAUCGCCCUGGCAGCCGGACACUCGGCCUUGCUUUUGCUGAGGCACAGCCCCACCUCGUGUGGCUUCACUGGAGGCUCGUUCCUCUCCUGGGACUGGGAGCUGGGAGGGAUAAAGUCGGCUUUGUGGGGCUCUUCCUGUCCCUGAAGCCAGCUCCAUCACCCCUUCCCACGUGGAUGCUCACCAGAGGUCUCUUGGAGAGAUCCAGGGGAUGUUGGAAGGUGGGAUGUGGUGGGAUGUCCUCCAUCCGCCACGGGCAACCCCCUCCAUCCAACCAUAAAUAAAGCUGCAGGUUCCUCCUGCCUGCCCAGCCUUAUCCCACAGGCUCAGAGCCUCUUUUCCAAAGCCUCCAGCUCCUCGUGCCAAGGGGAACAGAUGCUUCCCGCUGCCUUCGGAAGGGCUCUUGAGGCUGCACCAGCGCCCACCUCGAGGGGACCCGUGCUGGGUGCACCCACACACCCCAACUCCUUGAAUGCAAACUCAUGGAAUGAACUCCUGGGUGCUCCUACCAAUAAAAAAAGCCCCAAAAUUCCACCAGCAGUGCCACGCACAAACUGAGACCUUAAAUCCAUCCCUACCAUGAAGCCUCCUGGAAAAUAUCAAAGGACUGGGAAAAGGGGGCAGGGGACAGCAGGGCACUCCUGGCUUUCAGACUAACCGCGUAUUUGCUGCCUUUUUUAAUAUCAGGGUUUGUUUUAUUUUACCUUAUCAAGCAAUAGAUUUCUAUACCCAGACCGGUUAAGGGAACAAGGGUUUGAGGACUGCAGGAGGUGCCUUAUGCUGCAUUCAGCUUUAGCCAGUGGGAAGGUGAAUGGAGCAGCAAUUCCUGCCUGUUUGUGCCUGUGUGGAAUGCAGCCGUGUGCUGGGAUGGAAACCACACAAUAUUUCUAACCCAAUAAAUACUUACAUGAAAAUUU